UCCUUCUUUGGCUCCCUCCCCCAUGGGCAGGCCCUGAAUGUGGACCAGGUUUCCAAGGAUAAGGCUUUCCAGACAAUGGCCACCAUGUCCUCGGCCCAGCUCAUCUCAGCACCUUCCCUGCAGGCCAAACUGGGUCCCGCUGGUCCUCAGGCCUCUGAGCUUUUCCAGUUUUGGUCAGGGGGCUCUGGGACCGCCUGGAAUGUUCCAGAUGUGAAGCCAUUCUCGCAGACACCGUUCUCCUUGUCACUGACUCCCCCAUCUACUGACCUCCCAGGGUACGAGCCCCCCCAAGCCCUCUCACCCCCUGCCCUGCCCCCACCUGCCCCGUCACCCCCAGCCUGGCAGGCUCGGGCCCUGGGCACUGCCCGGUUACAGCUGGUGGAAUUCUCGGCCUUUGUGGAACCCCCGGAUGCAGUUGACUCUUACCAGAGGCACCUGUUCGUACACAUCAGCCAGCACUGCCCGAGCCCCGGAGCUCCCCCGCUCGAGAGCGUGGACGUUCGGCAGAUCUAUGACAAAUUCCCUGAGAAAAAGGGGGGUCUGCGGGAGCUGUACGACCGUGGGCCCCCUCACGCCUUCUUCCUGGUCAAGUUCUGGGCGGACCUGAACUGGGGCCCGAGUGGUGAGGAGGUGGGCGCCGCUGGCAGCAGUGGUGGCUUCUAUGGUGUUAGCAGCCAGUACGAGAGCCUGGAGCACAUGACCCUCACCUGCUCCUCCAAAGUCUGCUCCUUUGGCAAGCAGGUGGUGGAGAAAGUGGAGACGGAGCGCGCCCAGCUGGAGGACGGGAGGUUCGUGUACCGCCUGCUGCGCUCGCCCAUGUGCGAGUACCUGGUGAAUUUCUUGCACAAGCUGCGGCAGCUGCCCGAGCGCUACAUGAUGAACAGCGUCCUGGAGAACUUCACCAUCCUCCAGGUCAGUGGGGACUGA